AUGGUGUUUGUGAAAUUAACAGGGCUCCUGCUGACAUCAUUGGCUGCUUGGUACUUGGGAUGCUUACUCGCUGCUAUUGUAUCCAGAGAGACAGUAACAACAUCUCUUCCUAAUCCUCAAGAUGUUGAAAGGCAACCGGUGUUUAGGCACCCAGUCCCAAAAAGGCAGAAGUGUGAUCACUGGUCUCCCUGCUCGCCUGGGGAAUACGCCUAUCGGAUUCUUAGUGGUGGUGGCAAAGGAAAGCUGGCUAAAAUUUGUUUUGAGGAUGAGCUGCUGAUAAGCGAAGGGAAGGGUAAUGUUGGAAGAGGUAUUAACAUUGCCAUUGUGAAUUAUAAAACAGGAAAAUUUGUAUCGGCAAAAUAUUUUGACAUGUGGGAAGGAGACCACUCGGGAGAGAUGGUGACUUUCAUUAAAAACGCACCAGAAGGUUCCCUCGUUUUGAUGGUGACUCAUGAUGACGGAAGCACCCGGCUGAAAAAUUACGCCAAAAAAUUAGUGGAAGAGCUGGGAAGUAAAGAAAUAAAGAAUAUCAAGUUCAGGUCAAGCUGGGCUUUUAUUGCUGCCAAAGGCUUCAAGCUGCCAGAUAAUAUCCAAAAAGAAAAGAUAAACCACUCUGACCUGAAGAACAACAGAUACAGUGGCUGGCCAGCUGAAAUCCAAAUAGAAGGCUGUAUCCCAAGAAACCUGAUCUAA